CCGGCGCGGCGGAGCAUCGCGGGCACCUCCGAGCUAUGGCCCUGGCGCUCGUCCUGCUCCUGCCGCUGCUGCUGCUGCCGCCGCCGGGACACGGCGGAGCUGCGGGGCUGGAGGAGAAGCUCACCCAUGUUGAGAAGUACGAGACAGUGAUGCCACAGAGGGUGCUGGUGCCGCGGGGGAAGAGGGACCUCUCUGUGCCACCGAGCACCUACCCUGACCGUGUCCUCUACAGCAUCCGUGCUGAAGGCAGGGAGUACCUCCUCAGGCUGGAGAAGAACAAAGCACUGCUGGGGCAGCACUACACCGAGACGCACUACUUGGCCGAUGGCACAGAGGUCACAGAGAAGCCGGAUGUUCAGGACCACUGCUUUUAUCAGGGCCACGUGCAAGGACACACCAACUCAGCAGCGAGCAUCAGCACCUGUGGCGGGCUCAGUGGGUUUUUCCAGGUGAAUGGGACCAUGUUCCUGCUGGAGCCCCUGGAGGAGGAUGCUGCUGGCCUGCAUGCAGUGUACAGAGCAGCUCACCUGAGGGGGAAGCGUGGCACAUGCCGGGAGCCCAGUGCCACUCUGGAAUACGACCAUGAGCCAAAAAUCCCUGCAGCCAUGAAGCUCCACCGAUGGAAAUCAACUCCAUUACACAAAGGUCCCCGAUACGUGGAGCUGGUCCUGGUUGUGGACAAUGAAGAGUUCAGGAAACACAAGGACUUGCGCACGGUGCAGAACCGCAUGAAGGAAAUCGUGAACCACGUUGACAAGCUUUAUCAGCCUCUUCGCCUGCGGGUGGCCUUGAUCGGCCUGGAGGUGUGGAGCUACAAGGACAAGAUCGUGGUCAGCCCCAACCCAGAGGUGACGCUGGACAACUUCCUGCACUGGCGGGAGGCAGAGCUGCUGCGGAGGAAGCCUCAUGACAAUGCCCAGCUCAUCACGGGCAUAGACUUCCAUGGCACAACUGUAGGGCUUGCCAAGAAGCUUGUGAUGUGCACCAGGGACUCCGGUGGUGUCAACCAGGACCACAGCACAAAUCCCAUUGGUGCUGCAUCCACCAUGGCUCAUGAGAUGGGGCACAACCUGGGGAUGUCUCACGAUGAAGACGUGGCCGGCUGCCGCUGUCCUGUCCCCAAAGCUGAUGGCGGCUGUGUCAUGGCAGCGAGUGUUGGCUUGGUUUACCCCAAGCUGUUCAGCCGCUGCAGCGAGCAGGACAUGUGGCAGUUCCUCGGGGACCCCAGGACCAGCUGCCUGCUGAACGUCCCCAGGGCGGACGAGCUCUAUGGGGGGCCCGUGUGCGGGAACCAGUUUGUGGAGCGGGGAGAGCAGUGCGACUGCGGCGUGCCGGAGGAGUGCUCCGACAACUGCUGCAACGCCACCACUUGCCAGCUGAGAGAGGGAGCCGAGUGUGCCCGGGGGGAAUGCUGCCAGGACUGCAAGGUGAAGGCUGCUGGCGUGCUCUGCCGGGCCAGCAAGAACGACUGUGACCUGCCCGAGCACUGCACCGGGCUGAGCGCCGAGUGCCCAGAGGACGUGUUCCAGGAGAACGGCAUCUCCUGCCACAACGGCAAUGGCUACUGCUACAACGGGGCCUGUCCCUCACAUGGCGAGCAGUGCCGUGCUCUCUGGGGCGCAGAGGCCCAAGUGGCUCCUGAUGUCUGCUUUAAGCACAACAGCGAGCAGCACCUUCAUCUCCACUGCCUCACCGAGUACGGGAAGCGGCCCUGCAGCCCCAAGGAUGUGAAGUGCGGCACACUGCUGUGCCUCAGCGACAACACCAGCCCCGUCCUUGGCGCUGGCUCCUACUCCCUCUUCUUCGGACGCUUCAAGUGCAAGGCUGUCAUUGCCAGCAGCGAUGCCAAUGAGGUGGUGGCCAAGCUCAGGCUGGUGCCCACUGGUGCCAAGUGCGGAGAGGAGAUGGUCUGCUAUGGUGGGCGCUGCCAGACCCUCCUGGUCUACGGCAACAAGAACUGCUCGGCCAAGUGCAACAACCAUGGGGUGUGCAACCACAAGCGGGAAUGUCACUGUGAGCCGGGCUGGGCAGCGCCCUACUGCGAGCACCAGAUCUCGGGGGUGGCGGCAGGGAGCAGCAGCGUGGUGGUGGUGGCCGUGCUGGCCGUGCUGGGGCCCUGCGGCAUCCUGCUGUGCGGCGGCAUCCUGCUCCUCAGAGGCAGGGGGGCAAAGCGCUUCCAGAAAGGCAGGAGCUCCAGCGGCCCCACCGCGGGCCUGGCCAACCCGCUCUUCCAGGAGGGCGGCCACACGCGGUCCCCCCGGCGGCCGCUCUCCCACCGUGACAUCGGCCCCCCCAGCCUGCUCAGCAGCACGGCGGCCCCGCGGGGGGCUCGGGCCCUUGGGCCCUGCCGCCCGGCGCCAGAGCCGAAGCCAAAGCCUCCCCACAAGCCUCUCCCAACCCUGAAGAGCAAGGCGCCGUGCAGCGACAAGGAGCCACCAGGAGCAGCCCUUGCACCAUCCCCUGCCUUGGUCUCUCAGCGGGGUACCCCCCCGAAGGUGGCCCUGAAGCCCCCCGUGGCCAGGAGGUGACCAAGGAUGCUCCAUGUGCCAC